CCUGAAGCACCGCCUGCUAAAAAUACCCGGCUGGGCACCCAUAAAAGCACGGCUGGGGCUCCAGUCCGGCACUUCUCGAGAUCCUCAGCCCUGACCAACACAGCCAAGAACAUGACCGAGCGCCGUGUGCCCUUCUCGCUGCUGCGGAGCCCCAGCUGGGAACCAUUCCGGGACUGGUACCCUGCCCACAGCCGCCUCUUCGAUCAAGCUUUCGGGGUGCCCCGGUUGCCCGAUGAGUGGUCGCAGUGGUUCAGCGCCGCUGGCUGGCCCGGCUACGUGCGCCCACUGCCCGCCGCGACCGCCGAGGCCCCCGCAGCGGUGACCCUGGCCGCGCCCGUCUUCAGCCGAGCGCUCAACCGGCAGCUCAGCAGCGGUGUCUCGGAGAUCCGACAGACGGCCGAUCGCUGGCGCGUGUCCCUGGACGUCAACCACUUCGCUCCCGAGGAGCUCACAGUCAAGACCAAGGAAGGCGUGGUGGAGAUCACUGGCAAGCACGAAGAAAGGCAGGACGAACAUGGCUACAUUUCUCGGUGCUUCACCCGGAAAUACACGCUCCCUCCAGGUGUGGACCCCACCCUCGUGUCCUCUUCCCUGUCCCCUGAGGGCACGCUUACCGUGGAGGCUCCGCUGCCCAAAGCAGUCACGCAAUCCGCGGAGAUCACCAUUCCGGUCACUUUCGAGGCCCGCGCCCAAAUCGGGGGCCCAGAAGCUGGGAAGUCGGAACAGUCGGGAGCCAAUUAGAAGCCAUCAGCCUGCUGCCCAUCCCCCAGUAGCCAUCACUGGCCAUUCCCCUCUGUCAACCUGUACGCUCUUUUGAUACAUGUACUUUCUGUUUUUUCUCAAAUAAAAGUUGGAAGCUACUGCUCACCACCA